CAGCUCUAUGGUCAAAUUCUGCUGCCCGGUCAUCUGUGGCCUCGAAGAUCCAAGAUUCAUUACUCCCAGUCUAUCCUUCGGAGACAGGCAGAGGAGGAAGCAAUUAAACGUUCCCGCUCACUGUCAGAGAACUAUGAGCUCUCAACUGAUCUACAGGACAAGAAGGUGGAGAUGCUAGAGCGUAAAUAUGGUGGUCGUUUCAUAACUCGACAUGCAGCCCGUACCAUACAGACCGCCUUUCGCCAGUAUCAGAUGAACAAAAACUUUGAGCGUCUUAGAAGCUCUAUGUCUGAGAACCGUAUGUCCAGAAGAAUCGUCCUAUCCAAUAUGAGAAUGCAGUUUUCAUUUGAAGGACCUGAAAAAGUCCACAGCUCCUACUUUGAGGGAAACCAAGUGUCCCUCACAGACGAUGGCAGUAAACUCGGUGCUCUGGUACAGUCAGAACAUGGUGCACACAUAGGGGCGCAGGCCACCACCCCCACUACACAAAGUGAUUUUACAGACGCUAUCACAGAACUCGAAGACGCCUUUUCCAGACAAGUCAAAUCUCUGGCUGAGUCUAUAGAUGAUGCUUUGAACUGCAGCGGUUUGCAUGGUGAGGAGGGUCACUCGCCGUCAGGCAGGGGUCACCAGGACAUAAACAGAGAGGUCGGCCGUCAAGCCAAGUCACACAUCACUUCAGAUGAUCAAAACCUGGAUGAGAUGACAGCGUCAUACAGUGAUGUGACCCUCUACAUCGAUGAGGAGGAACUAUCUCCACCACUACCUCUAUCUCAUUCUGUAGAUCAACCUUCGAGCAGAAAGUCUGAUUUACGUCACUGUUCCCUCAACUCCUCGCAGGAAUACUGGUCUCUGGCUCAUAAGAAUGAAAAAGAGGACACAGACACGAGCUGCCUCAGUACGCCAUCUUUGGAAUUCCAGGAGCGCCACAUGCAGAUGGACCACUUGCCCUUGCUGACUAUUGAACCUCCCAGUGACAGCUCAGUGGAACUAAGUGAUCGCUCCGACCAUGGGUCUUUGAAAAGACGGAAUUCCUACGAGCAGAGUCUGAGCAACCAGCAGAGCAGCCCCAAAAUCACCAGUCGUGGUUUGCCCUCCCGAGGUUCUUCGAGAGAAGAUGAAGCUUUCUGUUAUCGACCUCAACAACUGGAGGCUCACCUGGCCAUCAAUGGAACUGUGAAUUGGCAGAGCAAAUCAGAAUCUGAUUUCUCUGACGGUGACAAUGACAGCAUAAACAGCACCUCCAACUCCAACGACACCAUUAACUGCAGCUCUGAGUCCUCAUCCAGAGACAGUGUUAAGGAGCAAACCCUCAGCAAGCAGACAUACCACAAAGAGACUCGCAACAGCUGGGACUCCCCUGCCUUCAGCAACGAUGUCAUCCGUAAGAGGCAUUAUCGUAUUGGACUAAACAUCUUUAACAAGAAACCAGAAAAAGGCAUCCAGUAUUUGAUAGAGAGGAACUUCGUGCAAGACACCCCAGUGGCUGUGGCUCACUUUCUGCUUAAAAGGAAGGGCUUGAGUAGGCAAAUGAUCGGCGAGUUCCUGGGUAACAGACAGAAACAGUUCAACCGAGAUGUUCUUGACUGUGUAGUCGAUGAAAUGGACUUCUCUGAACUUGAGCUGGACGAAGCCCUCCGGAAGUUCCAAGCUCACAUCAGAGUCCAGGGAGAAGCACAGAAGGUGGAGCGGAUGAUCGAGGCCUACAGCCAACGUUACUGCAUCUGCAACCCCGGUGUGGUGCGACAGUUCAGGAACCCUGAUACCAUUUUCAUCCUGGCCUUUGCCAUCAUCCUCCUCAACACAGAUAUGUACAGCCCCAACGUCAAGCCUGACAGGAAGAUGAAGCUGGAGGACUUUGUUAAGAAUCUUCGAGGAGUGGAUGAUGGAGAGGACAUCCCCAGAGGAAUGUUGGUCGGAAUUUAUGAGCGGAUUCAAAAGCGGGAACUUAAAACUAACGAAGAUCACGUUUCACAAGUUCAAAAGGUGGAAAAACUGAUUGUUGGUAAAAAGCCGAUUGGCUCCGUCCACCCUGGUCUUGGAUGUGUUCUGUCGUUGCCCCAUCGACGGCUGGUCUGUUACUGCAGACUUUUUGAAGUGCCUGACCCCAACAAACCUCAGAAGUUGGGCGUACACCAGAGGGAGAUAUUCCUCUUCAACGACCUGCUGGUGGUAACUAAGAUUUUCCAGAAGAAAAAGAACUCAGUGACAUACAGCCUACGGCAGUCUUUCUCCCUUUAUGGCAUGCAGUUGUUGCUAUUUGAGAGUCAAUAUUAUCCUAACGGAGUCCGCUUAACCUCAGCCAUUCCUGGAGUAGACACCAAAGUCCUCAUCAACUUCAAUGCACCCAAUCAUCUGGACCGUAAAAAGUUUACAGAUGAUUUACGAGAAUCAAUUGCUGAAGUUCAAGAGAUGGAGAGGUAUCGAAUCCAAUCUGAGCUUGAAAAACAGAAAGGUGUGGUGAAGCCAAACAUGUCUCAGGGUUCAAGUCUGAAAGAGACAGGAAAUGGCAACGUGAGUCAAGUUUGCGUCGAUGACAGCUACGCCAUUGGUGAAGGCCUGAAGAGGAGCGCCCUCAGCAGCUCCUUACGAGACCUCUCAGAUGCAGGUAAGCGUGGGCGACGCAGCAGCGCAGGAUCAUUGGACAGCAACAUGGAAGGGUCGAUAAUUAGCGGCCCUCAUGUUCGACAAGGGACACCCUCAAAUCGAGACUGUCCAUCCCGCCACAGCGGUCAACCUCUGCCAAACCCGCCCAUGAUCGGAUCUUUGUUCAACACCAGGCGAGCGAAGUCUCCUAGCCUCGUCCAGCAGCCAGUGCACCCUAUGCUGAUCUCUCGCACCCAGAGUCCAACCCACUUGACCCACGCGGCUCGAGAUGAGGCGAACAGCCCAGUCCCAAUGCACCCACACCACGUCCAGUUCUGUCACAUAACACAGAACCCCCCACCUUACUAUCACCACCACCACUUUCGGCCCCCGACCCAGUUGCAGCACUCGCCGCACCAGUUUCACGCCCCAUCAGCUCACAGCCAGCAGCAGCAAUACCAGUCUCACACAUACCACGGCUACGGUAGCAAUUCCUCACAUUCCCCUGUCCCUGCUCAUGGAGCCCAUUACCACGGAAUGUCGCCUCCACCUCCUUCUCAGGCCAGCAGUAGCACCAAGCCCAAGCAAAGUGGAAUCAGUACAGUGGUGUGAGGUGCAGCGUGGCCUCACGCUGUGCUCUCCUCCUGAACUCACUACAAACCACUCGGCUAAAAGUAGGUGUUGUCUUCAGUAUGUUUUCUCCAACUCAGUAGUGGACAGGUGUAUUCACAUAUUUAAUCUUUUAGAGAUCCUUUUUUAAUUUCCAUUUAGAUUAUAAACAUGUCUGCUUGCCUUAAUGGCAACAAGUAAUAAUAGAACUGCAUGCAAAAAGACCACAAGUACUGUUCCACCUCUGUGAAGUCAAUACAUACAUACAGAUAUAUAUAUAUAUAUUUAUAUAUACAUAUACAGUAUAUUUGAAGUGUCAUGAUCCAAACAUCACGGAUCGGUACGGACCCAGAAAGGCUCAGAAGACCUAACUGCACAAUUAUACAUUUAUUAGGGUUCACAUUAAACAGAAAGAAGACUAACAUUGAAUGUAGAAGUGCCUGAGAUCACUGGUGCAGCCUGUAGGGGGAAACAGUAAACCGUGAACAUGACGUAGUCCCUGUGACCCAUCGUAGCGCUGUUAACAAUAAGUCAAAGGGUCAUAAUUACAUAUAAAAACGCACAACCAUCUUAAAAAAGUACAAAAAUGGAAAAGAAAGAAGUGUUGAAUUCUUCCAUCUCGAAAUAAUAUAUAUAUAUAUUUAUUUUAUUGAAUACUGUAUAUUACUUUAUUGUAAUGAAAGUCGUAACAGGGGAGUCGCCGGAUGAUCCUGAUUUGCAUGUAAAAACACGAGAAAACUGAUUUGGGCUCAGUGAGAGCUCACCUGGAGUCUCCUGAUGCAGGGACAGGUGUAUUUUUUUUCCAUUCACCAGACCAGGCUCAUCUGUUCAAACUAGAGCUGGAUCGAUACAACGUUUUCAUGUUUGAAACCAAUGCCGAUCCUGCAACUUGGAGUCCCUGCUGAUACUGAUAGAGUCUAUGUUUACGACAUGUUGUGCAAAGUUAGGUUGAGCAUUUGGGCUUAGGUAUCGGAGGAGACGGGCUAUAGUUGUUGUUUUUUUCCGAUCUUCAGUCCUGAAAUUUAAACUAAUGUCGGACCUAUACCAAUCCUGAGUAUCGGAUCCUGAGAUCUACUACUAAUUAAUGAUUCAAAAAGACUCAUGUGAGCAUGGUAACCCUGACAG